CAUGUCAGCGGAUCAGGGUCCGGUCACCUCCAUGGACGUGGACGUGGCUUUUCUCAAAUCCAAGAGGGGGAUCCUGAAGGCAGCAGAGAUGGUGACUCUGUUUGCAGCUUUUGUGUGUUUCACGGUCGCAUCCAGACCAAAGUACAUCACAGCCACGGUGCUGGAGCUGCUCAUCACCUCACUGCUGCUGCUGCUGUACCUGUUCAAACUCAACAAGAGGCUGACCUUCUUCUUCUGGCCUUUAGUUGACGUUUGCAAUUCGGUCUUUGCAGUCGUCUACUUUCUUGUCUUGAGCCUGUUGGCCAUGAGCACACACACCGUCACAGGCACGCUGGUGGGAGGGAUUUUCGCCCUGGUGUUGGCUGCUCUGCUCAGUGCAGACGGCUUCAUUCUCAUCAGGAACAUCACAUUCAACCAGCCGAGAGGUGAAGGCCAGAGUCCAAACAGUCAAUAAGUGAAUCGAUCACAUCAAAUCAAUGCAGUGGAUCAUGAAUUGGUACUUUAAAUAUAUGUGUAACGUGUAACACCAGCAGCUACUUCUACUUAUGAGUACUGGAAUGUACUGUGAUGCUGUUCUGCAAUAAUACGUUUUGAAGGUUUACUUUAAAGUUUGCAGUUUGCAGCAUAUUUAAGAUUCUUGCUGUAAGUAUUAAGUGACUUCACAU